CCUUCUCCCAGUAACUCAAUGGAAGAGGACGAUGAGGAAGCGCGGGCACUGCUGGAAGGCGGCCCCAAUGAGGCUGGCAGAGGUGCCCCUGCCGUCUCGGCUGUCCCCGGAGCGCUGCCGGCCCUUUGCGACCCUAGUCGCCUGGCGCACCGGCUUUUGGUGCUUUUGCUGAUGUGCUUCCUAGGCUUCGGCAGCUAUUUUUGCUAUGAUAAUCCUGCUGCCCUUCAGACUCAGGUUAAAAGGGAUAUGCAGGUGAAUACGACGAGAUUCAUGCUGCUGUAUGCCUGGUAUUCUUGGCCCAAUGUAGUUUUGUGUUUUUUUGGUGGCUUUUUGAUAGACCGAGUAUUUGGAAUACGAUGGGGCACCAUUAUUUUUAGCUGCUUUGUUUGCAUUGGGCAGGUGAUUUUUGCUCUGGGUGGAAUAUUUAAUGCUUUUUGGCUGAUGGAAUUUGGAAGGUUUGUGUUUGGGAUUGGUGGGGAGUCCUUAGCAGUUGCCCAGAAUACAUACGCUGUGAGUUGGUUUAAAGGCAAAGAAUUAAACUUGGUAUUUGGACUCCAACUUAGUAUGGCUAGAAUUGGAAGUACAGUAAACAUGAAUCUCAUGGGAUGGCUGUAUUCUAAGGUUGAAGCUUCGUUGGGUUCUGCUGGUCACACAACCCUUGGGGUCACACUUAUGAUUGGGGGUAUAACAUGUAUUCUUUCACUAAUCUGUGCCUUGGUUCUCGCUUACUUGGAUCAGCGAGCAGAGAGAAUCCUUCAUAAAGCACAAGGAAAAACAGGUGAAGUUAUUAAGUUAACUGAUGUAAAGGACUUCUCCUUACCCCUGUGGCUGAUAUUUAUCAUCUGCGUCUGUUAUUAUGUGGCAGUGUUCCCUUUUAUCGGACUCGGAAAAGUUUUCUUUAUAGAAAAAUUUGGAUUUUCUUCCCAGGCAGCAAGUGCUAUUAACAGUGUUGUAUAUGUCAUAUCAGCUCCCAUGUCCCCGAUAUUUGGGUUCUUGGUGGAUAAAACAGGAAAGAACAUCAUCUGGGUUUUUUGUGCCGUGGUGACCACUCUUGCUGCCCAUGUCAUGCUGGCCUUCACGCUGUGGAACCCUUGGAUUGCUAUGUGUCUCCUGGGACUCGCCUAUUCGUUGCUUGCCUGUGCAUUGUGGCCAAUGGUGGCGUUCGUAGUUCCCGAACAUCAACUGGGCACUGCGUAUGGCUUCAUGCAGUCCAUUCAGAAUCUUGGGUUGGCGAUCAUUUCCAUCAUUGCUGGCAUGAUAUUGGAUACUAGGGGCUAUUUGUUUUUAGAAGUUUUCUUCAUUGCCUGUGUUUCUUUGUCACUUUUAUCUGUGGUCUUACUCUAUGUGGUGAAUCGUGCCCGAGGGGGGAACCUAAAUUAUUCUGCAAGACAAAGGGAAGAAAUAAAACUUUCUCAUGCUGAAUGAGAAGCUUAAAUGACUGUGUCAUGAGAAUGGGCUGCACACAUCAUUGGUUUGAAAACCUCACUUUUUUUUUUUUAAUCUAGAAUUUAGUCAGGAAAAAUAAUGGUCUGGAAAUAUAUAUUUCAAAAGCACCUAUUUCAAAGUAUAUUUGUGAGGACUAUUUUAGCUUGUGUCUUAUGUACUGUGUAUUGCUAAAGAAUUCUACUUUGGAGUAGGCUAAUCAACAGUGAAGUUUAGAAAGUUUCUCUGGAAUAUGCAGGUGAAUUUCAGUAAGGACAGUAAAUAAUGGAAAACUUGGAUCUUGUAUUGAAAUAAUUUUCAGAAGGUGUUUCUUAAGGAUAUCUUUGGCUUUUUUUUUUAAUCUUAAAGCAAAAAAAAAAAAGCUUUUGAAGGUGUAGAAGGGAUAUUUUAUACAGAAUAAACAAUGGCAUUUUAAUAGGCAUUCCCUGUUUUUAUAGGGAAUAUUUGAAAGAUACUUUUUAUGCAGUUUCUUCGUUUUCACAAAAGCAGAUUGUAUUCUGCUAUCUUUAGUUAUGAGAGGUUGCCGAGCAGUGACCCCUUUGAGCUUCUUUAUCUCUCCAUUACCGAGGACCUUGAUCACUUAGGGAUUUAAUUUUAUAGUACAAACUUCCUGUACAGUUUUUUCUUACAGUCUAAUUAAUUACUAAAAAGUGUCCUUUAAAUUAUGAUAGUUGCAUAUCUACAUGGAUAAAAACACUGUAGAGGGAAUACUCGAUGUCUUUUAAAACUUUUGAUUUUUAAAAGAAUAUUAAAAUACUGAUUUUAACUCUUAUUUAUUUGGAAGACUGUUUCUGUAAGAAAAUUGAAGUCGGAAUAAAGAAAAUUUGCCUUUGAAAGUCAGUGGAGUACCUUUUUCUCCAGAGUAGAACCUAAGUAACAUGUUUUCCAAAUUAAAUAAAAUAUAUAAAAUUUCUUUUGACAAACUUAAAAACUUUUUAAUUGACUUAGUCUUAGCAUAUUACAUAUUAAAGUCAAGGACUUUUUCAUGUUUUGCUCUCCAGGAGUAUGCAGAUAUUUUAAACAACUGUUAAACUGUUGUAUUUAGCUAAUUGUAUUGUUCAAAAUACAGGACAUAACAUUGUAUGCUUGAAAGUUCUGGACCAGAUUGAAAGUACAUUCCUUACUCAGGUCAAGUUUAUUUAUAUCCAUUUUUCUGAUUGACGGUUUAUUGUGUCAUUAUUCAGUUGUUCUUUCGGCUUUGACGGCCAUUUGACUGUUGUAGCCCAGAUUAUUGAAUUUUGGCUUUAGCAGUUGGUGAGAGUGGAGGAAGCCAGUUGCUACU